AUGGGAUCCUCUGAAUCUACCGUCCAGGCAUACAAAGACAAGGCCGUCCAGGUCAAGGACCAAGCCGUCGAGAAGGUUACCGAAGGAAAAGUCGACACAGUCGAAACCAAUGCCCGUUACCUCGCCUACGCAGCCCGUCUGAAGGCCGUUAUGCUCAAGAGCUCGCGUUACAUCGCAUAUACCUCCGAUAUCGGCGAAGCUUUCCGGCCGAUCAGCCAUCCGCUUAUGGUGACAGCUGCGUAUGGUGUCAGUUGGGCGUAUUUGUUUGGUGAUGUCGGGUAUGAGGGAUACAAGGCGAGCUACAUCGCUGGGUUGCCGAAUGGGACCGUGGGUGUGAUGAUGUUUAAGAGGGCUAUCUUCCAGGGUCUUGCUUCUAUGGCGUUGCCGGCAUUCACUAUCCACUCGGUUGUGAGGUACUCUGCGAAGGCGUUCAAGAACUCCGCCAAUGCUUCGCUGAGAACGUGGGGACCUACCGUGUCUGGUUUGGCUGUUGUGCCAUUGUUGCCUUUCUUGUUCGACCACCCUGUUGAGUACGCUGUUGACAAGGUCUUCGAGAAGGUCGAGGAGUUGACCAUGGGAGAGAAAGAGACUCCAAAUGUCGUCGGUGGUAACAAGAAGGAGCUGUAG